AUGCCAGGCCAAUUCCAAAUUGUGAUGCUCAAUACAUGGGUGUUCGUUACCCUUCUUGCUGCAGCAUUUGCGCAGAGUUUCGCGGAUUACCCUCGGGACAACUGGCCGAAUCUCAGUACAGCAUGCCUAACGGCAGUGAAUACUACCGUGGCGUGCCCGAAAAUCCUCGCUUUCUCGGCAGAGAACAACACGCCACGCUUGCCUGUUGAACAUCUCACAGACCUCUGCACGACGAAUUGUCUCGACUCCCUCAACGAUGCAAAGACGGCGAUUCAGUCAGCAUGCAUACUUCCUACCGAUGUGAUGCCUGCGGAAUACGGCAGCCUCCCGAUGACGUUCAUAGUAGACCUGCUUAUCUACACGUAUGGUCUAAAUUGUCGUCGGGAUGCGAUUACACAGCAGUACUGCGAUGUGUUGUUUCUUGAGUGGCUGAACCAGCCGUCAAGCAAGCUCACGGACGACCAGCAAUGUUCCGACUGCAUGCUGGGUAUCAUGCAGCAACAGCUCAACUCUCCCUUUGGGUACGACGAAGCGUUUGCCUCCGCGUUUGUUUCGGUUACGUCGUCUUGCUCCAAGUCGGGUUAUGCCUUUACAUCGCCAGCAUCAUACGUCGCCGCCAGAAUAGGAUCGCCCACAGCAGCAUCCGCUUCGCCAACAGCAGCGCUUGAUCCGGGAUGUGUGACCAUCUAUACAAUCCAAGCCGGCGACACCUGUGAGAGUGUCGCGGCGUCUCAAAACGUCAGCACGUUUGCCGUGUAUGGGCCCAGCGGUCUGAAGCGCGCGUGCUCGUCGCUGCCAGCCGUGGGCCAGUACAUCUGCCUGAGCCGCCCGGAUGGCCUCCCAAUUCCCGAUGUCGCCGUUCCUAGCGCCGCGGUGCCCGCGACGGGUACCGUAUGCACGAACUACACAAACUACGUUGACACGACCAUCCGCGAUAGCGUGUUUCAGCCCCAAAUCCCGUUGAACCUUGAGAUUUCCAAUCGUUGUUUUUAG